AUGGAGUUGUGGUUGGUUCAGUUGUUACAACAGCAACAGCAGCUAGACUUGCUUUGUCAGUUGGUUACAGUUUCACAGGAUGCCAUGGUUCUUCUGCAACUACCCUUGACUCAUCCAUCUGCACCCCUAGCUUUUCCACCGUUCGAAGAGGCGGAGGAGGACUGGAACACAUACAGCGUGGAGAGCGGCUGGGGCCUGGAGCCAUCGUUCGACGUGAGCGCCAUGACGGAGGUCCGCGUCCCGCUGGGGGGCACGGCGCUGCUGCCCUGCAGGGUGCGACACCUGGCUGGCCGCCCGGUGGCGUGGGUGCGGCGACGCGACUGGCACAUCCUGACGUGGGGCGCCGCCAGCUUCACCAGCGACGGCCGCUUCCGCGUGCUCAGCUCGCAUUCCGGCCGCGACUGGAGCCUGCGCAUCCGGCACGUCCAGCGGCACGACAACGGUACCUACGAGUGUCAGGUGCCGACAGGCAGCGGCACAAAGUCUCACUUGUUCAACCUCCACGUGGUGGUACCGAGAGCUGUCAUCCUUGGCCGACGCGAGUACCAUGUUGGCGAGGGCAGCACCGUCUCGCUGGUCUGCAUCAUCGAUAACGGUCCUCUGGUAGCGCAGUUUACCUUCUGGAAGCAUAACGAUCGCACGGUGGUCGCAGACGACGCCGCAUCCAAGGGAAUGUCUGUGGCGACGGACGCCGACGGCGCCAGACCGCACUCGCGGCUGCUGAUUUCCAGGGCGGACGUCACGCACGCCGGCAGCUACACCUGUGGUGCACCAGGCGCAGAUCCAGAUACCGUGCACCUCUUCAUCUCGCAAGUUCCUGAGAAGGAGCCUAAGUACUGA